UCAAAGGUCAUGGUGAUGUUUGGACACCGCAGGUCACUGAACGACGGCGCGCGCACAAAGAACGCACACGCACGCGUCAUCUGCUCAGGUCCCGAUCGUGUUGAAGUGUCUUUGAACGACUCGAUUCCCUGAAACAAAGGAGAGGAAUUUUGGAAAUUGGGGGCGACUGCACGAGUGCGUCUACGUCGUCUGAACUUCUUCAACGAUCUGAUCGGCCAUCUACGGGAUGGGCUCAUUCGAUUGGCUGUUCCUUCUAAGCGUCUUGUCGCUGGCGUCGGGCGCCGCCCCCGAGGACCCGUGCGCCAUCAAAGCCAAAGACGUGGCCCCGGAGCCUCGCUGCGUCUACAGAGUCCCCGAGGGCGACGCCCCCGACGACGCGACGGACGACCGGGCCCCGCGGGCCACCAACCCGCGCGUGUGGGAGCUGUCCGCCGCCAACGCACGCUUCGCGCUGUCGCUGUACCGGCAGGUGGCGCUCGGGCGGACCCCCGACACCAACCUGUUCCUGUCCCCCCUAGGCGUGUCCGUCGCCUUCUCCAUGACCAAACUGGCCGCCUGCGGACGCACCCUGGAGGAAAUCGUGAAGGUGUUGGAGUUGGACUCCGUGUCAGAGAAGACGUCGGAUCGGGUGCACUUCUACUUCGCCAGGCUCCUGUGUCGCUUGCGCAGGCGAAAGGACGCUAGCGACCGGCUGCUGGUGGCCAACCGCCUCUUCGUGGACCGGUCUCUGCGCUUGGACGCCGCCUACCAGAACAUCAGCCGGCGUGUCUACGGGGCCGACGUGAUGGCGCUCGACUUUCGGGGCGAGCCGGAAGCGUCCCGCGCCGCCAUCAACGCUUGGGUGGCCAACGAGACCAAAAACCACAUCCGGGACGCGCUGCCUGCCGGCGCCGUCCGCGCCGACGCAGUCCUGGUGCUGGUCAACAGCAUCUACUUCAAGGGUCGGUGGCUGAACGAGUUCCACCGGGACGACGUGUACGCCGCCCGCUUCCACGUGGACGCGGGGCGUUCGUGUUCCGUGCGGAUGAUGUUCCAGGAGAACAAGUUCCGUUACGCCCGUCUGCCGGAGCGGCGCCUCCAGCUGUUGGAGAUGGAGUACCGCGGGCGCGACGUCGCCCUCACCCUGCUGCUGCCCGACAGAGGCGACACGCUGGCGCGGAAAAGUCAAAACUGUCUACAAAUAAGUGCAGUAAGGAUGGAUUCACGAGGUGGAGGCGGAGCUCGAGCUUCCCACGCUGAGCGCGUGGUUGGACAAGAUGGCGGAGACGACCGUGUCGGUGCACCUUCCGCGAUUCCGCCUGGAGGAGAGUCUUCGCCUCAAGGAGGCGCUCAACGCGCUCGGACUGCGCCGCGUCUUCAGCCCGCAAAACGCCAGCCUGCCAGGGCUCCUGGCGGACGGCGGCGAAGGCGUGUACGUCAGCGACGCCUUCCACAAGGCCUUCCUGGAGGUGAACGAGCUCGGCAGCGAGGCGUCGGCGUCGUCCGCCGCGGUGGCGUCGGGAAGAUCCAUCAAGUUGGACGCCCAAGUCUUCGUGGCCGAUCGGCCCUUCCUGCUCCUGAUCCGCGAGACCGCGCUGAACGCCGUCCUCUUCGUGGGCCGCGUGGCGCGCCCCUGUCGACCCUGAGGCGCCCCCGGGCGGGCACGCUCUGUAUUACUUCGAAACCAGAAGACAAACGCUUCACUCGUGUCUUUGAGCAUCAACAGAAAGACGAAAUUCACACUGUCGUCAUCUUAACAUGCUAGCGAGCUACUUUGAUUUGAAUAUGCUAAAUAUUACGAAACCAGAAACUGAAUCGUUUGUGCAAUUUCUGCAGUCAGUUUGAAAUAAUCUCCUGUUUUUCAA